AUGGCGGAAUGGGUUCUUUCUUCCGUUAGGAGAGCGGCAAUUGAUGGGGUUUUUGAUGAUAUUUUGACCAAUUUGAAGAUGGUGUGCGAAGCAUGGGGAGGAGAAGAAAGCAAAUUUAGGAUCAAAGACAUAAUAGAGUACCUACAGGAUGCAGAUUACAAAAGAGAGAUGUGCAGCGAUGAGAUUAAGAAAAAGGAGAUCGAUGAAUGGGCGGAACGUGCCCGAAAACUUAUAUAUCGACUGGAAGCGCAGAUCGACAUGUCCAUGCUGCCAACUUCACAGGAUCCGGUUGAAAUGACCUGCUGCUGCAGAUGCCUUCUAGACCUCUGGUGCAGAUGGAAUGCGCCACGGUGGGAACUCGCAAAGCUUGCAAAAGAGGUUGAAGAGGUUCACCAGAGCAAGCCUAGAGAUGAGGUUAUGCCCACUGCGGUGGAGAUCAAGCCUAUCAACGUUUUUGCUAGGCUCGUCCUUCCGUGGUACAAUUUGAAAGGAAUGUGGGACGUUCUAAUUGAUCGUGGCAAAUUGCCGGAGAUCAACGGCGGAGGGCGCCAGCUAAUCUUCAUUGUGGGGCCAGCGGGCAUCGGGAAAACCACUCUUGCGCGGUUGUUCUAUUACGGAUGCACGAGUCUGAGUUCUUUCGACCGUCACUCUUGGGUGGUGAUAUCCAUGUCCAGUGAAAAGGUCGUUCUAAGAAGCGUGCUGACCGGAUUCUACAUGUCUGGCUCGAAGGAUUGUCCGAGCGAGAUCGAUAACAUGGACGAAGAGAAUCUGAGAGACGAAAUCAGAAGUUACUGUCGGGACAAAAAUUACUUGCUUGUUUUGGAUGAUGUGGUCGACGAGAAGGCCUGGGAAUGGUUAAGGGAUGCCCUGCCAGAAGAAACUGAAUGCACAGGGAUGAUAAUCUUCACUACUCGGAAAGAAGAGUUACCCCAAGCAAUCAACGAUGAAUCCAAGGAGAUCGUCCGACUCGAGGGACUCUCCGAUGAGGACUCUCGCAUUCUAUUUUGGACGUUGGCGAUCCCUGCAGGCUUCCUCUGUCCUCCAGAACUUCAAGAAAUAGAGAAAGAUAUACUGGAAGAAUGCAAGGGCAACCCCUUUUCUAUAAGGGCUAUGGCGGGAAUAUUGAGUACCAAGCAAGCAACACCAGAGGCAUGGAAACUUGUCCUCAAAGAUCUUGAUGCCAAUAUUGUCAAGUGUAAAAAUGCUGGCACAGAGGGUGACGCUACAGAUCCAUUUGUGCUAUCAGCUUAUGCUGAUCUACCCCCGAAUCUCAAGUCUUGCUUCCUGUAUUGCAGCAUGUUCCCGGAGAACUCUUUCAUCCCCCGGAAGAGGCUUAUUCGCCUUUGGAUAGCAGAAGGCUAUGUGCAAGAAAUUCCGGGCAAGACGGAGGAGGAAGCCGCCGAGCAUCAGCUGCAACAGCUCAUCAGCAGGGACAUGCUCCAGAUGGUGAACGUUAGUCUGAACGGCGAGGUUAUGUCAUGUGGUGUCCUUCAGCUUGUCCGAAAGGUCGCACUUGCCAUCUGUGACAGACAAAACUUCGGUAGCUUUGCUCCUGCAACGGGAGGAAGCCCUUCAAACAACCAAGCUGCUCCAGCCAAACAGCAUAAGAAUCGCCACCGCCGAAGAACAACUCCAUCGCACCAUCGUGUUCUCUCUGUGGAGGUGGACGGUGAUGCUGAACAAAUAACCAAAGCGCUGACUCGAUCCUUCCACCUUCGCUCUCUUUUGGUCUAUGGGACCGGUAAGCUUCGAAGGCUAUUCAGGCGGCACCAGUUUCCAAACCCCACAAACUUGAAAAUCUGGCCAUACAAGCUGCUACGAGUCUUGGAGCUUCGGGGCGUCCAGAUCGAGUUCUUGCCGGAGCAACUGCGAUAUCUUGCUCUGUUGAGAUACUUGGGAUUGAGGCGGACGGGUGUGAAGAGGCUUCCCAAAUCCUUGGGAAGCCUACGUUAUCUGGAGACCUUGGACAUCAGAGACACAUAUGUUGUGGAAGUGUCUGAUGUGCACAGGUUGCAAAGGAUGAGACAUCUCCAUCUCGCAAGUUCAUUUAGGGGCCGGUCGGUGAAUGUUCGCAGAGGCCUGAGUUGCUUGAUUGAUCUCCAGACGCUGGCAGGCGUCACAUGUACACCCAAACUCCCCCGAGAGCUGAGACGUUUGAUCCAACUACGAAAAUUGUCGGUUAGCAAUGUCAAUAGGAAUUCGUCGGAGCAGCUCUGUUCGUCCAUCAGCAAGAUGAUGCUCCUGGGGUCACUAACUAUCAAAUGCGACCGUGGCGAGACGUUGGAUCUGAGCUCUCUGUGCUCUCCGUCCAACGAAGCGUGCGCGCCUCUCCAACGUCUUGGCAAGCUGAAACUUGGAGGUCCCAUGGACAAGUUGCUUGAUUUGGUGGCCAGCCUUGAGUCCAUCACCUAUCUGAACCUCUGGGACAGUAGGCUGAAGGAAGACCCAAUGGAAGCCCUCAAAUUUCUGCCCAAUCUCAGACUCCUUUCUCUGUACAAUGCCUACGACGGGCGGCAUUUAAGAUGCAGUGCCGCAGGUUUUCCAAGACUCUGGAAGCUAUCCGUCCUAUCUUUGACGGAAUUGGAGGUGUGGGAAAUCGAGAGCGGUGCCAUGCCGUGGCUACGGCAGUUAUUUGUGGGUUACUGUCCCAAAUUGAUGGAGCCGCCGGAGGGGCUGGGGAACAUGCGUUUCCUGCACACGGUACAGGUUGCUGACAUGCCCGAGAGAUUCGCGGACAUGGUUCCGAGAAAACGCCAGCAUUUCCCCAUCGAGGUCGCGCAAAUCCCCAAGUAUCAGAGAGCUUGA